AUGAACGUUCGUGAGGCCAUCUUGACCACGCUGUCGAAUUUGCCACCGGUGGAGUCGGCAUCUGUCACCUCGGGUGUGAGGUCGCCCCCAGUCGUGAUUGAUUCUUCUGUUGUUGCGGUCCAUGCCGCUCCCGCUGAUGUUGGUUCGGCCACACCAGUCGACCUCGUUGGUGGUCAUUUGACCACCAGCGUACCAACCGUCGAUGUGGUUGCAUUGUGUCGCCGGGUCGAGGCCUGUGAGAGGCGACUAGCUUUGAUGUGUCCGUCGCCACAUUACUGUUCGCUCCGAUGUGAGCGCUUGGAGCGGAAGUUAGGUAACUCCUGCGCUCUCGUAUCACAUCUUCGCGAUAAGCUGGAGGUUGAGAUGGCGCUUACCGAUCACUGGCGACGGCAAGUUGACCUUCGGCAUAGUCGGAUGUCUCUCCUCGUGGCGGAACUCGGCCACUCCGAUGACUUUAACGAACCGCUAAAGGGCGGUACCGGUCGUCCUACAAGAUCGUCCAUGUCGCCGACCCCUUCGAGGUGUUUAACCCCAACAAGGGUGUCAUCCGAGGGAUGCCAAGAGAUUCGACCGCAAGUGAUCGGCCCCAAGCUCCCGUAG